UCUUUUGAGAAUCGGACAUCAUCACAGUUGAGUUUUCCAGCUGACAGGUUGAGCACGCGGUGGAAUUACAAUAUCCCAUGAACUUGACAAUGGAUAUCGUCGAAGAAGACAGAGAUGAUUCUUCACCACCAGAGACUCCAGCCACUAAAAUGUCCAGACAACAGAUAUUAACACUUAUUUCAAUGGCCUCCAUAAACUUCAGUUCAAUGAUCUGCUAUUCCAUUCUGGGACCAUUUUUCCCAAAUGAGGCAAAGAAGAAAGGUGUCAGUCAAGCUAUGAUUGGUUUAAUAUUCGGAAUAUAUGCAUUAUGCACUUUGGUGGGCUCAUUGAUACUUGGUAAAUAUAUUGUCCAGAUAGGAGCCAAGUUUAUGAUUGUGGCAGGGUUGUUUGUAUCGAGUGGAAGUACUGUACUUUUCGGGUUUCUUGACCAAGUGUCUGAUGGUACAGUUUUCAUUGUGCUCUGUUUUAUCACACGGUGCAUAAAUGCAAUCGGCUUUUCUGCCUCUGUUACAUCGUCUUUUGCAGUUUCAGCAAAAGUUUUCCCCGACAACAUAGCAACUGUUUUGGGCUUCAUGGAGAUUUUUACAGGUCUUGGCCUGAUAUUAGGGCCUCCAUUGGGUGGCUGGCUGUAUCAGUCAUUCGGAUAUGAAAUCCCAUUCGUUUUCACGGGAUGUCUUCUGUUUGCGACAGUACCCCUCAAUAUGUGGAUUUUACCGAGCUUUGAUGCUGUUCCUUCCCAGAAUUCCUUCCUCAGAUUGUGUACUAGAAUAAAGAUCCUUCUCAUCUGCUUUGUGGUAUUCACAAUGAGUUCAGGACUUGGCUUCCUGGAUGCAACACUGUCCAUAUUCGCCAUUGAAAAGCUUAAUCUCAGUGCUGGUUCAGUGGGGCUGCUCAUGAUUGGACUUUCACUGCCGUAUGGGGCGGCAUCACCCAUCUUUGGUGUGAUCAGUGAUAAAUAUCCUUCAAUUAGGAAGUGGAUGAUGGUGAUUGGAGGAAUGGCCACAGCGGUGAGCUUCUGUUUCCUCGGCCCACUUCCCGUUUUUCAUAUUAAGAGUCAGCUCUGGCUCACCGUCCUCAUGCUGGUUGUGGUGGGCUUUUCUCUGUGUAUGACCUGUAUCCCCACCUUUGCUGAGAUGAUCGCUUGUGCACAUGAAAAUGGCUUUGAGGAGGGCUUGAGUACACUGGGAUUGGUGUCAGGUUUGUUCUCUGCAGUGUGGUCUGCUGGCAUGUUCUUUGGGCCGACCAUCGGAGGCUACAUCACACAAGCACUGAACUUUGAAUGGAGUGCAGGAGUUCAAGGCGCACUUGCCUUUCUCGCUGCCUCACUACAAGUAUUAUAUUUCACAAUAGAGCACAUACAAAAUAAGUCACAAAAGGCCAACAAGAUUGAAAUAUCAUCUCAAGGAGAAAAAUCACCUCUUCUCCCUAAGACAGAUCAUCUCAGGGUUGAAAUCAGCUAAAAAUAAUCUGCUAAAAGCUUUUAAAUGGAAGAACAAACUUAAUCAUAUUGCUGCUAAAUACAGGUGAUGUGGAAUAUGACAGACUGCUGACAAAUGAAGAACGCAGAGAAGAUCAAUACAUGUCUUAUUUUGAGAUGGACAUGCCGUUACACUGGAGAUCUGUGAACAUUUACAAAGUAAAUGAUAAAAGUCCUGUAAGAAGAUGACAUUUACACCAAACAGAGCUGAGAUGUGCCUUUUGAUAAAACACUUAAAGUGUAUUUAUCUUUUACCCUGUUUAUGGGAAUUUUGAAGGGUGAUGAUGUACAUAUUCCCUCACAAGAAAAUGUUUCCCAUCAACGGUUUGUUUUAAAAGGUUAGUUCACCCAAAAAUGAAAUUUCUAUCCUUAAUUACUCACCCUCAUGUCGUUCCAAACUCGUAAGACCUUCGUUCAUCUUCAGAACACAACUUAAGAUAUUUUGAUGAAA